AUGAUCCCCCAGGCGGCGACCUUUUUGGCUUACGCCACCCUCCUCGCCACGGCAAGCCCCGUUAUCCAGCGCAGAGUCGUCACCGAGCUCAACGAGGAGGCCACCAAGGAAGCGCACCAGCGCGACGACACGGCCACCCGCGCCUUUUCCGAUAUCCAAAUCAAGACGGCCGACGGCAGGUGUCUGUUCGUCGACAAGCUGUCGGGCGACUUCCGGGCGAACCUGACCCCGAUCCAGGUCGCCGACUGCGGGGCCAAGGACGGCCAGGGCUGGGAUGUCAUUACCGCCGGAAAGCACAAUGACCAGCCCAACACGAUGCUCAUUGUGAGCACUCUGACGCAAGCGUGCUUCAAUUUUGACCCGCGCCGUCCGGCGGGCAACCAGGUCAACCUCUUCUCGUGCGGCGGACGCGCGGCCGGCGAGGGCCUCGUGACGGACUCGCAGCUGUUCGCGCUAGAGACGGGCGCGGGCCCCUCGACGUUCCAGCCCAAGAACGCCAAGGGGAAAUGUUUCACAGUCAAGGACAACGCAGUGGACGUGGCGGACUGCGUCGCCGGCGAUAAAGCGCAGUCAUUUUCGUUCGGGUCUGCUGCGGGUGGUGCCGCCGGCGGCGGGGAAAACGGCGCUCAGAAACCCGGCCCUUCGACGACCGCUGCGGCCGUGGCUACUGGGAAUCCGGUGGCCGACUGUGGCGGCGGCGAGAAGACUGUCACCAUGACGAUCACGGCCACGGUCAGCCCGGGCCAAGGCAACGCCGGCAACGCGGGCAACAACAGAAACACUGGCAACCUCCCCGUGGCCACACUCGCGCCCGAGGUGACUUCCGCAUCGGCUUCGACACCACCUGCCGCCUCGACUGCCCCCGCUGCUGGAAAUGGAAACGGAAACGGAAACGGAGGUGGCAACGGCGGCACCGACGGCGGUCAACAAGGAAACAUCCCCGCCGCCAACCCCACGACCCCCGUCCCCGUCUCUCGCGCCGGCGGCAUCCUCAACCCGACGGCGGCGGCCGAGGCGCACGAAUUCGACGCGACCGCCAAGCGGGCCUUUACAAAGGUGGCCAUCCGCGCGCCCAACGGACAGUGUCUCUCGGUGGACCCGACGGCGGGCGACUUCCGACAGAACCUCAUCCCCGUGGGCCUGGCGGCGUGCGACGGCGCGGCGGCGAACCAGCAGUUCGACGUGGUCACCAGCGGGAAGCACAACGACGGCAAGGACAACGGGGCGCUGGUGGUCAGCAGCCUGACGAACGGGUGCGUCAGCACGGACGGGCGGCGGGCGGCGGGGGACACGGUGACGAUCUUCUCGUGCGGCGGGCGGGCGGCGGGCGAGGGCCGGACGGACGCCGGGCAGCUGGUGAGGAUCUUUGGGGAUAGUUUCCUGUGGUCGCCUGUCAAUAACGCGGCUUCGUGCGUGGUGCCUGGGGACCAGGGGCGGCUGGUCACGGCGGCGUGUAAGGGGGACAACAGCGAGACGUAUACCAUCGUCGCCUGA